AUGAUGCAAUCUGAGCUGCUUCUUCCACCAUGGUCAACCUUUAAUAAUACAUACUCAAAUCUUGAUCAUACUAGCCUUUAUGAUCCAAAUAUGGAUUUAUGCAUGACAGCUGAUCAUGAAUUUUCGUCUUCAUUCACCUCACCUGAAGUGUUCUCGGAAGUUUCUUGGGAUUCGUGCGUCCCAAUGAUGUUCACCGGUGAGUUUUUCGAGCUUAAAAAUUUGUGUGACAAUAUUCAAAUAACUUCCCCUACUGAGGGCUUGGAGAGUAAUCCAAUUGGAGAGAUUGAGGGCGUCGACGAAUGGCUGAAUGGAAGUAGUGAUACUGAGGAAAAUGUUUCCUCAGAGGUGCCUGUGAAUGAGAGUUCAAUGGACAUGUCAUUAACAUAUCCAGCAGAUGAAAUGGAAAUAGAUAACCAAUUGAGUCUUCAUCACCUCUUAAAGGCUUAUGGGGAGGCUAUGGAGAAUGGACAAAAGGAACUCUCUACUGAGAUUGUGAAAUCGAUAAACAAGAAAACCAAUCCCCGUGGCACGAUACUUGAACGUCUAGCCUUCAAUCUAUUUCAGUCGAAAGAACGUGAGGGAGAAUACCUGAGACAGGAGUCGAGCAAGUACUUCAUGAAAGCAUUCAUGGUGUUUUACCAAAGCCUCCCAUAUGGGAAGUUUGCGCACUUCACUGCUAACUCAGCAAUCUUGCAAGCUAUGCCAGACGACAUAAAAACAAUACACAUAAUAGACUUCGACGUGGGAGAGGGAAUUCAAUGGCCUCCUGUAUUCGAGGCCAUAAGCCACAAAGGAAAGUCACUUAGAUUCACAUCAAUAAGGUUAGACAACAAGACCAUCUGUUCACCAUGGGACUUUGAGCGGACAAAGAAAUGGUUAUAUCAUCAUGCCAGACAAUCUGGUCUGAAACUGCAGAUAGAGGAAACCAGUAUUGAGGAUCUAGCAAGUGGGUUGACGAGGAUGAAGCAAAUGGGACGAGGCAAAGAAUGGUUAGUCUUCAACUGCAUGAUUCAACUUCCACACAUGGCGAGGAGGAGGAGGAGAAGCCAUGUCACGAAUUUUCUAAAGGUAGCCGAGGAAUUGCUAGCCAAUGGUGGAGUCUCAGCAGGAAUUGUGACUUUUGCUGAUGGAGAAGCACAGAAUAGCUCAAUAACUUAUUCAGGUUAUAGUUCAUUCUUCGAUAAACAUACAAGGCAUUAUAAAACCCAAUUUGAAUCAUUAGAACAACAUUUCAAUGCUCAUCUCACAGAAGCAAGAACAGCCAUGGAGACUCUGUUUCUAGCACCUUUUAUGUGCCCUCUUGUAGGGCCUCAAGGCUGGGAAGAGUCGACACAAGGUUUCAAUCUUCCCAUAACCAGUUUGAAGGGACAGAAACUCAGCCAAGAAAGUUUAAAUGAAGCCAAGCAGAUUGUUAAUGAAAGAGAGAGUUCUUACAAGGUCAAGAUUGCAGGGGAUGAAGAACAUGAGAUGGUGUUGAAAUGGAAGGGUACACCAUUAGUAAAAGUUUCUAGUUGGAUUUAA